GAAGCAGUCUGCAUGCCUAGGGGCUUGAUUGUAUACACCUGUGUCCAUGGAGGGGAUUGGAACACCUGAAUCACAUGAUAUGGAGGGGAUUGGAACACCUGAAUCACAUGAUUGGGAGGGGAUUGGAACACUUGAAUCACAUGAUUGAGAGGGGAUUGGAACACCUGAAUCACAUGAUAUGGAGGGGAUUGGAACACCUGAAUCACAUGAUAUGGAGGGGAUUGGAACACCUGAAUCACAUGAUAUGGAGGGGAUUGGAACAACUGAAUCACAUGAUAUGGAUGGAUUGGAACACCUGAAUCACAUGGAUUUGGAGGGGAUUGGAACACCUGAAUCACAUGAUAUGGAGGAGAUUGGGACACUUGAAUCACAUGAUAUGGAGG